UCGUAUACACGUCUGCAUUUAGGUUGUUUUGUCGCUUUAAAUAAUGUUAAGACCAUUGAAUAUUCAGUUAGAACUAUAGAGAAAUCGCCAUGAGUAAACGCGCAGAUCCGGAUAAGUUUACAGUAACGAAAGACGCGUUGCUUCCCGGUCUAUUUUUCGCACUUUUGAUACGAUGGUGCGUUGCGGCUUAUCCGUAUUCCGGUUAUAAAAAGCCUCCGAUGUAUGGUGAUUACGAGGCGCAGCGUCACUGGCAAGAAAUAACAGUGCAAACAGCCGUGAUUAAUUGGUAUAGAAAUACGACGCACAAUGAUCUUCAGUAUUGGGGGUUAGAUUAUCCCCCCUUGACGGCGUAUCACAGUUUUCUCAUGGGAUUAAUUGCUGACUGGAUAGAUCCAGAGUCUGUACGACUAUUCGCAUCGAGAGGCUACGAAAGCGACGGUCAUAAAACCUUCAUGAGAUGGACUGUAUUCUUAAGUGAUUUAUAUUUUUAUGUCACAGCAGUGUUGUGUCUCUGCAUAGACGCGGAAAGAAUCAAGCCAAAGGAGGACAAGAAUGUGUUUAAAAGAGCUGACAUAUCCACAAUACUAUUUCUAUUGUAUCCCGGCAUAAUACUUAUAGAUCACGGACAUUUUCAAUACAAUUGUAUUUCUUUGGGUUUAUUUUUAUGGGCGACAUUCUUCAUUAUAGCUAUAGAAAAUGAUACUUUAGCGACAAUAUUCUUUGUGUUAGCUCUCAACUACAAGCAAAUGGAAUUGUACCAUGCUUUUCCGUUUUUCUUUUAUUUAUUAAGAAAAUGUUUUAUGGGCGUGCCAAACAGGAGUUGGAAAUUGCAUAUUUUAAGUAGAUUUAAUAAACUGGCUAUAGCUGUUAUAUCAUGCUUCAUAAUUAUAUGGUGUCCGUUCAUAACAUCCUGGGAUAACAUGCUUCCGGUCAUCCAAAGACUGUUUCCAUUCAAAAGGGGAGUAUUUGAGGACAAAGUAUCUAAUUUCUGGUGUACAGUCAAUGUGUUCAUAAAACUAAAGAAUGUGUAUACCAACGAUGAAAUGGUUAAAAUGUGUUUCUUAACUACUCUAAUGGCAUCAAUGCCAUCAUGUUUGGAUCUAUUUUUUAGGAUAAACCGUAAGAAGUUUGUAUUAUCACUGAUCAAUGUGUCGUUAGCAUUCUUUCUAUUUUCCUUUCAAGUACACGAAAAGACAAUUCUGCUUGCAGCGAUCCCUGUCGCUUUGCACCUACCAAAUGAUCCGUUUAUGUGCUUUUGGUUCCUACUAGUGUCAACUUUCAGUAUGCUGCCUUUGUUACUUAAAGAUCAACUACUAAUACCGUUCAUUGCAACAGCCCUAAUAUACAUUUCGUUUUACAGUAUAGCAUUGAAAUUGGCCAAACCAAACUCAUGGUUCCUAUCGUUUGUAAAUGCGAGUUGUGUGUAUAAAAUUGCCAAUCCGAAUACCAAGUAUAACUCCGUUUUACUAAAAUUAUUUACGACUUUAUUAUUCUUAUCGUUACAAGGCAUGUUUUGGCUGAUAUUGGGUGCAUUAUUUGUUAAACCACCAGAACGUUAUCCAGAUCUCUUUCCGUUGUUAAUAUCGAUGUUUUCGUGUUUCCACUUUAUAUUUUUCUUUGUAUACUUCAUGCAUCAGCAAAUCUCGUUGCCAACUGAUCUGCCAAUCAAAUUGAAGCCAAAGAAAAAUAAUUAGUUAUUUAGUGUAGUGUCAAACAUUCCAAAAUAAACAUUUGUGAAGUAGA